CCGGUCUCUCUCUCGUUCACUCUUCUCUUGUUUCUGCACAAUCGUGCUCAAUUCCAAUGCACACACCGAGAGGAGCAUAAGCUUUCUGCAGCCACGCCGAUAAUUCGCUCAGGGACAUUACUACAAUAUAUUAACCAAGGAGAUUUUUCUUCGGGAAUAACACUUGAUCAUGUAAACGGGUUGGCUAAACUACAGACAUAACUGGACUGCAUUACGGUAUUGAUUCAAGAAGUGUGGAAAUAUCGAACGUCUUGACUACAGAAAAGUAUUUGGAUUAUUCCCGACGGACCGCGUGAAACGGACUUACAUUUCCCUGCGUAAUCAUAAUAGCAAACAUAAUCGGGGAUAUGUAUUGAAUGGCUGUUGGGGACGAGGCAACUUCUCUUCCGUGAUUGCCAAAUGCGAAGUCUACGGGUUGGACAACUUUUGCCCGUUCCCGUUCCUUGCAUAAACCCAUUGAAAAUUUGUGAAAAGGAGAGGGCUCCUAGAUUGCACAAAGCUUCUCAUACCUCCUUCAUAUUGAUAUUUUUCUUGUUGGUUUUAUGGAGGUAACUCUGGGUUUGGGUGCUAGACGCGGUUAGACUGGGUGCGUAGAGCGUCGGAACACCGGAUUGUAUUCCACUCUCCCCUGGGUUAAUUUCAUGUCCGAAUUUACCGCUUUAUGACAAUGGAUUACUUUAUGGUUUUAUGCAGCCUCUUGCUUGCCAUGGCGUCAGCUGUUGAAGAAACAUUAAUGGACACCAAGUGGGCCACAACAGAACUAGCCUGGACCGCACAUCCUGAAACUGGGUGGGAGGAGGUGAGCGGCUACGACGAUGCCAUGAACCCCAUCCGGACGUACCAGGUGUGCAACGUGCGGGAGAGCAAUCAGAACAACUGGCUGCGCAGUGACUUCAUCCCACGCAAAGACGUCCUCCGAGUCUACGUGGAGAUGAAGUUCACCGUGCGCGACUGCAACAGCAUCCCCAACAUCCCCGGCUCCUGCAAGGAGACCUUCAACCUCUUCUACUACGAGUCCGACUCAGACUCGGCCACGGAGACAAGUCCAUUCUGGAUGGAGAACCCCUACGUGAAGGUGGACACCAUCGCACCCGAUGAGAGUUUCUCCAUGUUGGAGUCGGGAAGGGUGAACACGAAAGUGCGGAGCUUCGGACCUCUAUCCAAGGUUGGGUUUUACCUGGCAUUCCAGGACCUGGGGGCUUGUAUGUCAUUGAUAUCCGUCCGGGUCUUCUAUAAGAAGUGCUCAACCACCAUUGCGAACUUCGCCGUGUUCCCCGAGACGGCCACAGGGGCCGAGGCCACGUCGCUGGUCAUCGCGCCAGGGACAUGCGUCUCUAACGCUCUCGAGGUGUCCGUGCCUCUCAAGCUGUACUGCAAUGGGGACGGCGAGUGGAUGGUUCCUGUUGGCUCGUGCACCUGUGCAAAUGGGUUUGAACCCGCCAUGAAGGACACCCAGUGUCAGGCUUGCAGCCCGGGCACGUUCAAAUCCAAGCAGGGUGAGGGCUUCUGUACUCCCUGCCCACCAAACAGCCGGACCAGCUCUGGAGCAGCUAGCUUGUGCUCCUGCAGAAACGGCUACUACCGCUCAGACACAGACUCACCUGACAAUGCCUGCACCACCAUCCCCUCUCCGCCGCGCAGCGUCAUCUCCAACGUCAAUGAGACCUCCCUGGUCCUGGAGUGGAGCGAGCCGCGCGACUCUGGUGGUCGAGGCGACAUCUUCUACAACAUCAUCUGCAAGAAGUGCCUGCCUGAGCGUGGCAUGUGCUCGCGCUGCGACGACAAUGUGGACAUCUCGCCGCGCCACCUGGGCCUGACGCAGCGUCGUGUGGCGGUCCGCAACCUGCAGGCACACACCCAGUACAGCUUUGAGAUCCAGGCCGUCAACGGCGUGUCGAUUAAGAGCCCGUACACGCCGCAGUUCUCUGCCGUCAACAUUACCACCAACCAGGCUGCUCCAUCUGCAGUACCUACAGUUCACCUGAUGGGGGCCACAGCGAGCACCAUGAGUCUUUCCUGGCUGCCCCCUGAAAAACCCAAUGGAAUCAUUCUGGAUUAUGAGAUUAAGUACCAUGAGAAGGACCAGGGUGAGGCCAUCGCCCACACCAUGACAGCCCAAAGGAGCUCUGCCCGCAUCGAGGGGCUCAAGACGGGCACGCCCUACGUGGUCCAGGUCCGGGCCCGCACAGUGGCUGGGUACGGCCGCUAUAGCAGCCCCGCUGACUUCAGCACCAACCUAAAAAGUGACCCCGAGAAGUCUCUUCAGGAGCAGCUGCCCCUUAUUGUGGGUUCUGCCACCGCAAGUCUAGUCUUCAUUAUCGCUGUCGUCGUCAUUGCCAUUGUUUGCCUCAGGAAGCAGAGGAAUGGCUCCGAGUCAGAGUACACAGAGAAACUGCAGCAGUACAAAUCCCCUAUAGUCACACCUGGAAUGAAGGUCUAUAUUGACCCCUUCACCUACGAGGACCCCAAUGAGGCCAUCCGCGAGUUUGCCAAGGAGAUCGACAUCUCCUGCGUGAAGAUCGAGGAAGUCAUUGGCGCAGGUAACCAACAAAAGCUCCUGAGCUACAGGGGGAAGAAUGCUAGUCACCUCCAGGCCAUACCGUUAGAGGACUUCACGCCAAGCGGAGAGUUUGGGGAGGUGUGUCGUGGGCGUUGCAAGCUACCCGGCCGACGUGAGAUCAUUGUGGCUAUCAAGACACUUAAGGUGGGCUACACUGACCGGCAGAGGCGGGACUUCCUAAGUGAAGCAAGCAUCAUGGGACAGUUUGACCACCCCAACAUCAUUCGACUGGAGGGCGUGGUCACCAAAAGCCGGCCAGUCAUGAUCGUCACAGAGUUUAUGGAGAACGGGGCGCUGGACUCUUUCUUGAGGCUCAACGACGGGCAGUUCACAGUGAUCCAGCUUGUGGGGAUGCUGCGUGGCAUCGCGGCGGGCAUGAAGUAUCUGUCUGAUAUGAACUACGUCCACCGGGACCUGGCUGCACGCAACAUCCUGGUCAACAGCAACCUGGUGUGUAAGGUGUCUGACUUCGGCCUGUCUCGCUUCCUCGAAGAUGACGCCACGGAUCCCACCUACACCAGCUCACUGUAUUUCACGCUCACCUACUCAUUCGCAUAUCCACAGGGAGGCAAGAUUCCUAUUCGCUGGACGGCCCCCGAAGCCAUCGCCUACAGGAAGUUCACCUCGGCCAGUGAUGUGUGGAGCUACGGCAUCGUCAUGUGGGAAGUGAUGUCGUACGGAGAGCGGCCAUAUUGGGACAUGAGCAACCAGGACGUGAUAAACGCAGUGGAGCAGGACUACCGGCUGCCCCCGCCCAUGGACUGCCCCACAGCGCUGCACCAGCUCAUGCUCGACUGCUGGGUCAAGGAAAGGAACCUUCGGCCUAAAUUCUCCCAGAUCGUUGCAACGCUGGACAAGCUCAUCCGCAAUGCCGCCAGCCUCAAGGUGGUCACCAGCAGCACGCAAUCUUCUGGGGCAUCGCAGCCUCUGCUCGACCGAUGCGUCCCUGACUACACCACCUUCACCACCGUGGGAGACUGGUUGGAUGCCAUCAAGAUGAGCCGCUAUCGCGACAACUUCCUCAAUGCCGGCUUCGCAUCCUUCGAUCUAGUGGCCCAGAUGACAGCAGAAGACCUUCUUCGGAUAGGGGUGACAUUGGCCGGCCACCAGAAGAAGAUUCUAGGCAGCAUUCGGGACAUGAGACUACAGAUGAACCAAACACUGCCUGUCCAGGUCUGAGAUGGACCAACAGACAGACAGGAUGGGGAGGAACUGUGCCAGAGAGAGAGCCAAUAGGAAACCCUAGCUGCCUGACCAUCUCUGCCAAUCAGAUGAGAACAAAACUGGCUUGCAGUGCCUCGAACUUGUUUUUCUUAUUUUUCUUCCACGCCAACGUUUUAUGUUCCACAUUAUUAGUCCAAUGUUUUUCCAUUUUGUAAAAAAGAAAUGUCUAAAGACUAGAAAGAGAACCCAUAUCCCAUGCGUGCCUCACUGGUUUCAGUGUGGGGUGAUCGUUUGCAUGCGUGCGUGUGUGUUUGUGAGGUUGGCCAGGACUUAAACCCUCCCCUCCCACCUCUUGUAUCCUGAACUUAGUCUUCCUCCUGUGAAAAUCCAUCUCCUUGAACCUUGACCCUACCCCAACAUCUGUCGGAAAGCCCCCUGACGGACAUUACAGUUGGAAAAGGAUGAACACCGAGUAGAAAGUGUUUCAAAAAAGCAGAAAACGUGAACUAGCGUUCGUACACAAAAAAAGUGUUUGGACACCAAGAUGAUAAAUGAAAACGAUAGAAAUUG